AUGAUUUUGGAACGUUUGUGGCCAGGUGGCUUCCACUCAGUGCUUUUGAGGCGGCUGAUCCGGGCGAACAGAGGUUCGGUCACGCUCCUGCCAGGCCCCUGGGUGCGGCUGCCCGUGAGGGACACGCGUAGCGGCGGGGAGGCCCGCGGGGGUGCGGGGGCCGAGGGUCUGGAGCGUGGCGCGGAGGGUGCUGCCUCAGUUUACCCGUGUGCUCUGUGCACCCCUUCGCUGAGGGGUGAGGAUUGCCACGAGUGUAGCCUUUUGUCGGGGGGCGGGGGUGGUGGUUGCAGGAGCAGACACCUGCUCCCGAGGGGUCCGACCUGCCCUCCACAGGGAGAGCGGGCGCCCAGAGGGAGCGAGCUUGUGGAGGGGUCGGCUGGCCAGAGCAGGAGGCUUACCCGUGUGCCCAGCCGAAGGGGCACCGUGUCCCUGGUGAGGUGGUGCGAGGGGGCGUCCAGUGUGGGCGGUGGAUGCGGACUAGAUGUGCCGGCCCUAGCAGGGGUCUGGCGGCUGCAGGUCCUCACUUUGGCCCCAGGUCUGCGAGCCGGGUCGGCGCCCCACUGCCCGCUGACUGAGCCUCAGGCUCGGCGGCCCCGCGGGCCCCCCUCAGCCCUCCUGCUCUUUGGGCUUGUGCUGGGUGCUGCGGCCCGGCUCACCUGCGUGGGGGACGCCUACCCCAAAGAUGGCAGGUGCUGUCAGGACUGCCCACCAGGCUACGGGAUGGAGAGACGCUGCAGCAGAGGCCAGGACACCGAGUGCCACCCUUGUCGGUCCGGCUUCUACAACGAGGCUACGAACUACGAACCCUGCAAACCCUGCACCCAGUGCAAUCAGAGAAGUGGGAGCGAACCGAAGCAGAGAUGCACGCCCACGCAGGACACGGUCUGCGGCUGCAAGCCAGGCACCGAGCCCCAGGACGGCUUCAAGCGUGGCGUCGACUGUGCCCCGUGCCCACCGGGGCACUUCUCCCCAGGGGACGACCAGGCCUGCAAGCCCUGGACCAACUGUACCCUGAAAGGAAAGCGUACGGUGCGGCCCGCCAGUCAAAGCUCAGAUGCUGUCUGUGAGGACAGGAGCCCCCCGGCCACGCUGCCAUGGGAGACCCAGGGCCCCCCAGCCUGGCCCCCCACCACCCAGCCCACCACAGCCUGGGCCAGGGCCUCUCAGGAGCCCUUCACGCCCCCUACAGAGCCCCCCAGGGGCCCCCAGCUGGCCGCUGUCCUGGGCCUGGGCCUGGGCCUCCUCGCUCCCGUGGCGGCCGCGCUGGCACUGCUUCUUCACCACAGAGCCUGGCGGCUGCCCCCCAGUGGAAAUAGCUUCCGGACCCCUAUCCAGGAGGAGCAUUCCGACGCCAACUCCGCCCUGGCCAAGAUCUGAGCCAAGACUGGAGCAGCUAGUGCUCCCCCACCCCGGCUGGGGGCCCCCAGGGCCUGCUAGACAUGGAGGGGCUUUGGGGUGCCCCCCCACGCAGGCCUCUGUGUCCCAUAACCCCCCCACCCCGCACCGUUUUAGGUGCUCCUGGCCUGCGCCCAGGGCUCUGCUACGUAUGCCGUGCAUACUCCCCGCCCAGGGUGGCCCCCCAAUAAAUGACAUUGGCGAACCGU